UCUCAUCAACCAAGAAUUUUAGGCUCUGAUGCUAUUCAAAGAGUUGUGGCAAACACAGAUGUCUCAGAAAUGUGGCAGAAUGAUUUGCGCCCUAUCCUGAUAGAAAGAUACCCUGGAUCACCAGGACAUGAUGUCGUACGACAGCAUAUCAAGCACCGUCUCCAAAGAUUAGCAGCUGGUUGGGAAAUUGAAGAAGAUACAUUUCAGAGGUACACACCAUAUGGAUAUCGAACAUUCUCAAAUAUUAUCAGCACUCUUGACCCCUCUGCAAAACGCCAUCUGGUACUUGCUUGCCACUAUGACUCAAAAUUCUUUGGACAACAGUGGAGGAAAAGAGUGUUUGUAGGAGCCACUGAUUCAGCUGUGCCAUGCGCUAUGAUGCUGGAGUUGGCACGUGCCCUGGAUAAUAAGCUUCAGCAAAUCAAGACCAGCUCCACAUCAAGACCAGACCUUUCCCUUCAGCUCAUUUUUUUUGAUGGUGAAGAAGCCUUUGUCCGGUGGUCACCUUCUGAUUCCCUCUAUGGAUCUCAACACUUAGCUCAAAAAAUGGCAUCUACUCCACACCCACCUGGUUCAACAACUACAAACCAGCUGCAGGGCAUAGACCUGCUUGUACUACUGGACUUAAUUGGUGCACCAAACCCAGUCUUUCCCAAUUAUUUUCCAAACACUUUCCGAUGGUUUCAGAGGCUUCAGGCAAUUGAGCAAAAGCUACACAACAUGCAUCUGUUGAAGAAUCACCCUGUUGAAAACCAGUAUUUCCGGAGUACUUCACACCGAGGCUUGGUUGAAGAUGACCAUAUUCCAUUUCUAUUAAGAGGGGUUCCAGUCCUACAUCUGAUUCCAUCCCCUUUUCCUGCAGUAUGGCAUACCAUGGAGGACACAGAAGAAAACCUUGACAAAACCACUAUCGACAACCUCAGCAAAAUCCUGCAAGUGUUUGUACUGGAAUAUCUCAACCUGUGA